UAACGCAUCACAGCAGGACAGGCAAUCGAACCCAAAGGCGCUCAGCCAGGGACGGACGCGGACGAGGAAGGUGCAGGUGAUGUCGUGGAGUGUGGGUCCAGGCGGCAGGAUGACAGUUGCCAAGCUCCUCCUACCCUUCCUCAUUCUCCACUCUUUCUGCGAAGGCUCCAACCAGCCGCCGCGUUUCCAGAAUUAUUUCUUUUCGACCUAUCUUCUCAUCUACGAAGACACGCCAGUUGGUUCCUCUGUGGCUCAACUGAAGGCAACUGAUCCUGAGGGGGAGCCGCUAAUGUUUGGGGUGUCUGGAGAAGAGGCCAUGAGGUAUUUUUCCGUGAACAGAGAAACCGGUGUGGUCUGGCUUCGACAGCAACUCGACCGUGAGGCCAAGUCAGAGAUGCAGGUUGAAUUCUACGUGAGUGACAUUCAGGAGGUGGUCAAAGACACAGUAAACGUUCAGAUUGGAGACGUGAAUGACAAUGCGCCAAACUUCCAUGGGCAGCCGUACACUGUUCAUAUACCAGAGAAUACACCAGUGGGCAGAUCCGUGUUUAUGGUGAAUGCAACAGAUCCGGAUCAGGGCACUGGGGGCAGCGUCCUCUUCUCCUUCCAGCCACCUUCUCCCUACUUUGCUAUCGAUGGGGCCCGGGGCACCGUCACCGUCAUCAGACCUCUGGAUUAUGAGACGACCUCAGCCUACCAGCUCACUGUCAACGCCACGGAUCAAGACAAGGUUCGACCUCUGUCCCGACUUGCCAACUUGGCCAUCACGAUCACCGAUGUCCAAGACAUGGACCCUGUUUUCACCAAUCUUCCAUACAGUACCAACAUAGAGGAGGAUGUUCCCCUGGGGUAUGAAGUGCGGAAGAUAACAGCCAUUGACCAGGAUCUCGGUCGACCAAGAGGAAUCGGCUACACCAUCAUCGCAGGAAACACCAACAGUGUUUUUGCCCUGGACUACAUCAGUGGGUCUCUGACAGUGAAUGGCCAGCUGGACAGAGAAAACCCGCUCUACUCAGCAGGAUUCACCCUCACUGUAAAGGCUACAGAGCUGAAAGAGGAUCGCAGUCCAUCAAGCGCAACAGUGAUGACCACCUUCACCAUCUUGUUAAUCGACAAGAAUGACAACGCCCCAAAGUUCAACAGUUCGGAGUAUCGGGUCCGAAUCACCGAACUCGCCCAGGUGGGCUUCGCCCUUCCUCUCUUCAUCCAGGCCGAAGACAAGGACGAGGGGGUGAACAGCAUGUUCCAGGUGUUUCUGACUGGGAACAACUCCGAGUACUUCACCAUCUCACCCACAGCUGUGCAAGGACGCGCCGACAUCAGGAUGAGGGUCGCCAUGCCGCUUGACUAUGAAAACAUUCGCAGCUACAGCUUCUCACUCUAUGCCAAUGAGUCCAUGUCUGACCACGUGGGAUUCGCACGUGUCUUUAUUGAGCUGAUUAAUGAGAACGAUAACCGACCCAUCUUCAGCAAACCUCUCUACAACAUCAGCCUCCCUGAAAACACACCCCCUGGAACAUCAUUGCUGCGGAUCCUGGCUACAGAUGGAGAUGUGGGCACUUUUGGAGUUGUACGUUACUACUUCAGUGAUGAGCCAGACCAGUUUUCACUGGAUGAUGAAACUGGCUGGGUCAUUCUGCGGGCCAGCCUUGACUACGAGCUGAUGCGUCGCUUUACGCUGACCGUGCUGGCGAGGGACGGCGGCGGGGAGGUGACCACGGGGAGGAUCCGCGUCAACGUGCUGGACGUCAACGACAACGCGCCGCUCUUCCAGAAAGAGGCGUAUGUGGGCUCGCUUCGAGAGAACGAGCAGGCUGUCCAGCCGGUGGCCCGAAUCCGGGCUACAGACGAGGAUUCACCCCCCAACAACUUCCUGACAUACAACAUCACUUCAGCUUCAGCUUUCCGCGAUUACUUCACCAUCGUCAUGGUGGAGGGGUACGCAGUGAUCACGGUGACCAGGCCUCUGGACUAUGAGAAGGUGUCCAAUGGGAUGAUUUACUUGACAGUUAUGGCCAAAGAUGGAGGAAGUCCAGCCCUCAACAGCACCGUUCCCGUGACGGUGGAGGUGAUUGAUGAAAACGACAACCCACCCGAGUUCAGCAAGCCGUCCUACAUCGUCAAAAUCCCAGAGAACAUCAUCGCCGGGGCAACUGUGCUACUUGUGAAUGCUACUGAUUUGGACGCCUCGCGGGAGUUUGGCCAGGCCUCACUCAUCUACUCCCUGGAGGGCUCCUCUCAGUUCCGUCUCAACUCACGCUCAGGAGAGAUCACAACCACAGCCUUGUUGGACCGAGAGCUGAAGUCAGAGUACAUCCUGAUCGUCAGAGCGGUAGAUGGAGGGGUGGGCCCACAGCAGAAGACUGGCAUCGCCACGGUAAAUAUCACCAUCCUGGACAUCAAUGACAACACCCCUGUGUGGCGAGAUGAACCAUACCAUGCCAAUGUAGUGGAGAUGAGUCCAAUCAACACUGAUGUAAUUUCUGUUCUGGCAGUGGACCCCGACAAUGGAGACAAUGGGACAGUGGAAUACAGUAUCAGCCCAGAAAACCCUUUCUACACCAUCAACAGCAGUACGGGCAAGAUCCGCACCAGUGGGGUAACACUCGACAGGGAAAGCUCAGUCCCUGGGGACGUGGUACUAAUGAGGACGAUCAUCAUCUCAGCUGUCGACCGCGGCUCGCCUCCACUGCGGGCCGUGGCCAGCACCACAGUCUUUGUCAACCUGCUGGAUCUUAAUGACAACGAUCCGACCUUCCUCAAUCUGCCGUCUGUGGCUGAAGUACCAGAGGGACUCCCCAUUGGAUCCUCGUUUUUUAAGGUCCAGGUAGAGGACCCAGACGAGGACAAGAACGGCCUGAUCACGAUGGCUUUGCAGAUGGGCAUGCCUCGCCUUGACUUCUCUCUGAACACCUCCACUGGCGUCCUCACGUCCACUGCCGUCCUGGAUCGCGAGCAGAUCGCACAGUAUCAUCUGAGGAUCAUUGCAUACGACGCGGGGAAGUUCCCUCGUACCUCCACUUCAACCCUCACUGUUACAGUCCUGGAUGUAAAUGACGAGACGCCCACCUUCAGCCCCCACGUGUACAACGUUACCCUGAAGGAGAGCGUCCCCAGAGACCACGUUGUAGCACGCCUCAGCUGCUCCGACAACGACGCCGGUCUCAACGCUGAACUCAGCUACUUCAUCACAGGUGGGAACCAAGAUGGUAAAUUCAGUGUGGGCUUCAGGGACGGAAUUGUCCGGACAGUGGUUGGCCUGGACAGAGAGACCCAGGCAGCAUACACACUAGUCGUAGAAGCUAUAGACAAUGGUCCUGCGGGCAGCCGGAGAACAGGCACAGCCACCGUGUUCGUGGAGGUGCAGGACGUGAACGACAACAGACCCAUCUUCCUCCAGAACAGCUAUGAGACCAGCGUGUUGGAGAGCGUGUCCCGAGGGACCAGCGUCCUUCAGGUUCAAGCUACAGAUGCAGACCAGGGAGAGAACGGCCGAGUUCUGUACAGGAUCCUCACUGGGAACAGCAACAAGCUGUUCGGCAUAGACAGGCAGACCGGGCUGGUGACGAGAGGCCCCAGGGCUCUGGACAGAGAAACCAGCAGCUCACAUAUGUUGGAGGUGGAGGCUUACAACAGUGACGAAGGCAGCAUGAGGAGCUCUGUGAGGGUGAUCAUAUACGUGGACGAUGCCAACGACGAGGUGCCGGUGUUUACCCAGCAACAGUACAACCGUCUGGGUCUGAGGGAGACUGCUGGCAUCGGCACCUCUGUGAUUGUGGUGCGUGCCACAGACCCGGACACUGGUGAUGGCGGGUCAGUUGCCUAUGCACUGGUUUCCGGCUCCGACCGCAAGUUCGAGGUGGACGUGAGCACCGGUCUGGUUACCACCGUGGACUACCUGGACUACGAGACCAAGACCACCUAUCUGAUGAACAUCUCCGCCACCGACCAGGCCCCGCCGUUUCACCAGGGCUUCUGCACCGUCUACGUCACCCUGCUGAACGAGCUGGACGAGGCCGUGGCCUUCUUCUCCGCCGGCUACGAAGCGUCUCUGCGCGAGAACAUCGCCACGGGCACAGAGGUGGUUCAGGUCCAGGCCCAGUCCGCCGACAACUUGAACCAGCUGACCUACCGCUUCGACCCCGACACCUCGCCCGCCGCCCUGGCUCUCUUUAAGAUCGACAGCGUCACGGGCCGGAUCACAGUGACAGGCCUGCUGGAUAGAGAAAAGGGAGACAUGUACACCUUGACUGUUGUAGCUGACGAUGGAGGGCCAAAAAAAGACUCCACUGUGAAGGUGUCCAUCACCAUUUUGGACGAGAACGACAACAGUCCUGAAUUUGACAUCACGUCUGACACUUCGGUGGACAUCCCAGAGGACACUCCCAUGGGAAAGAAGGUGGCAGUAGUGCUGGGAAGGGAUAAAGAUGCUGGAUCAAAUGGAUUGGUCAAUUUCACUCUGGUGGCAGGAAACAUGGAGGAUGUGUUCAAGAUCAAGACGGUGAACAACACUUAUGGGGAGGUGUACGUCAACGCGCCCCUGGACAGGGAGUCAGUGGACCGCUACUUACUGAGGGUGCGUGCCCUCGACAAUGGCUCUCCUCCCAGACACACAGACCACUCGCUCACCAUCAACAUCCUGGACGUCAAUGAUAAUGCACCUGUUAUUGAAAGCCAGAGGGGCUACAACGUCAGCAUAAGUGAGAAUGUUGGCGGAGGAACAUCUGUGCUCCGUGUGAUGGCCACUGACCAAGACAUCGGGCCCAACGCCAUGCUGUUUUAUUACAUCACUGCUGGAAACCAGGACCUGACUUUCCGCAUGGACCGAGUGACCGGAGAGAUGGUGACACGGCCCGCCCCUCCAGACCGAGAGCGCCAACAGGAGUACCGGCUCACCGUCACAGUGGAAGACGACGGUACCCCUCCUCUCUCGACCUCCACCACCAUCUUCGUCCGCAUCGUGGAUGAGAAUGACAACGCCCCGGAGUUCCCAGAGGAGGAGUAUGUCACGGUGCUGAGUGAGGGACCAGAGACGGUGGGGGCCACCAUCGCAACAGUAACGGCCAUCGACCCAGACGAGGGUCUGAACGGCACCUUGCGCUACGCCAUCGCUCACGGCAAUCUGAUCCAGACCUUUCACAUCAACAGCAUCACGGGGAGGAUUACAGCAGUAAAGGAGCUGGAUUUUGAGAUCAGCAAUGGACACUAUGCACUGGUUGUUACAGCCACAGACCAGUGUCCACAGCCGGCUCUCCGUCUGACGUCAAGCACAACAGUGCUGGUAAACGUCUUAGAUGUAAAUGACGUGACUCCCACGUUCCCUAGAGCCUAUGAGGGACCCUUUGAGGUGACGGAGGGCCAGCCAGGACCUCGGGUCUGGACCCUCAGAGCCAGUGAUGAGGACUCUGGCCUCAAUGGCAAAGUGGAGUACAGCAUAACCGGCGGCGAUCACCAGAAUGAGUUCAUGGUGUCUCCGGUGGAGGGAGAGCUUCGGGUGAGGAAGGACGUGGAGUUGGACAGGGAGACCACAGCAUUCUAUAACAUCACCGUCACCGCUCGUGACCUGGGAACGCCAUCUCGCAACAGCUCGGUGGUGGUGGGGGUCCAAGUCCUCGACAUCAACGAUAAUGACCCAGUUCUGCUAAAUCUGCCUUUCAACACGAGUGUGAGUGAAGGCGCCUCCAUACACACCUCUGUGGCCAGAGUCAGAGCACGGGACGCUGACAGCGGACGCAAUGCCCUGCUUACUUACAACAUCACUGCAGGCAACCAGGGGGGAGCCUUCUACAUCAACGACACGACAGGUGUGGUGCAGGUGAACCGGCCGCUGGAUAGGGAGCGAGUGGCAGAGUACAGACUUACGAUCACCGUCAAAGACAACCCUGAGAACCCCCGCAUCGCUCGCAGGGAUUCGGACACCUUGAUCAUCACUAUUUUGGAUGAGAAUGACAACAGGCCCGUAUUCACCAGGACCAGCUACAGGGCUGAAAUCACUGAGAACUCAGCAGCAGGUAGCACAGUAAAUGUGUUGAAUGGCCCAGUUCUGGCUGAGGAUAGAGACAUUGGGCCUAAUGCUGUGGUGAAAUACCGACUUCUGGGAGCGAGGGUGGACCUCUUUUCUGUGGACAAAGAUACAGGUGUUAUAUUUGUGCGUCAGGGAGCGAAGUUGGAUCGGGAGGCUUUUCAGGAGCCACGUGUUGAGCUGUUUCUCAUUGGGGAGGAUAUAGGAGGGUUAAACAACAGCGUGCCCCUCACUGUCACCAUACUGGAUCAAAAUGACAACCCUCCUGUCUUCAGUCCCUCAAGCUUUAGCGUGCGACUUCCUGAGAACAGCCCCACAGGUGUGGUGGUGACUCAGCUGUCUGCCACCGAUGCCGACUCCGGCUCCAACGGCUGGCUGACCUAUCGCUUGGAAAGCGGCGCUCAGGACCGCUUCGUGGUGGAUCCGCUGUCUGGCGCCGUCCUAGUGGGCAACGCUACUCUGGACAGAGAAGAUCGCGGGUCCUACCGUCUCGUUGUCAUGGCGACCGAUCGUGGCACGCCCCCCAUGUCGGGCACGGCCACGCUGACAGUGAUCCUGGACGAUGUCAACGACUCACGGCCACGCUUUAAAGAGCUGGUGACCAUGAUCAGCGUUAAUGAGUCCACGCCGCCUGGCGUUGUCGUAGCCACGCUGACCGCUGAGGACCCCGACCUGCAUCCCCGGCUGCUUUAUUAUAUUAUUUCAGUGGAAGCAAAGGAUGAUGGGAACAACCCAGUGGUUGGCCUGCAAGAGUCCUUUGGCAUUGAUUUACACACUGGUGCGGUAUUUGUUCGCAACCCAAUCAACAGAGAGUUGGUAGCAACAUUUGAGAUCACUGUCUCUGUCCAUGACAAUGCCAGCGAGUUCUUUGACACUUCAGUCAGCUUUCCCAAUGCAAAACUAACCAUCAACGUGUUGGAUGUAAAUGACAAUGCUCCUCGUUUCCGGCCGUUCGGAGUGUCCAACUUCACCGAGAAGAUUUUAGAAGGGGCUCAGCCGGGCACCACGCUGCUGUCUGUGUCAGCUGUGGACCCUGACAAAGGUCCAAAUGGUCAGGUCAUCUACCAGCUGCUUCACCUACCUCGAGGGGGAUACGUCCGACUGGAAGACCCCUCCACUGGAAAGAUUGUAGCCAACCAGACGGUGGAUUUUGAGCAAGUGCAGUGGCUGAAUUUCACCAUUCGGGCGAAGGACCACGGCACUCCUCCCAGGAUCGCCGAGCUGCCAGUUUAUCUGCGCAUCGUGGACGUCAACGACAAUAACCCUGUCUUUGUACAGCCUUCUUAUCAGGAGCCUGUGUUUGAAAAUGUGAAUCUGGGCACUACCAUCGUUCGCGUGAGUGCUACAGAUGCUGACUCAGGCCUCUUUGCAGUCAUUGAGUACAACCUGGUAGACGGAGAGGGGAAAUUUGGAAUCAUACCAAGCACUGGAGAGAUCUACAUCCUCUCCCCUCUGGACAGGGAGACAAAGGACCAUUACACUUUAACUGCUGUCGCCCGUGACAACCCCGGGGGCAAAUCCAACAACAGGCGAGAGAACUCUGUGCAGGUCCUGGUGACGGUUCUCGAUGUGAACGAUUAUCGGCCGCGCUUUACGGAGCGAGCGUACAACACCAGCGUGUUUGAGAACGAGCCCAGUGGCACAUCGAUUAUAACCGUGGAAGCUACCGACCUGGAUGAAGGAGAAAAUGGGGCUGUACUUUACAGUUUGCUGGGAGCCCACUCAGACGCGUUCUCUCUGGAUCCCAACACGGGAAUGGUGCGUUCUCGCCGCCUGCUCCAGUCCUCCGAGCGCUUUAACCUGACCGUCGUGGCUACGGACCAGGGCCGUCCUCCCCUGUGGGGCACGGCUGACCUGAUCAUCAUGGUCAUAGACGUCAACGAUAAUAGGCCCGUGUUUGUCAGGCCGGCCAAUGGAACCAUCAUUCAUAUUGCAGAGGAGCAGCCUCCGGGUCUGCCCGUGUACGAGGUGCACGCCACGGACUCCGAUGAGGGCGUCAACGGGGAAGUCCGAUACGGCUUCUUGCAAACGGGAGCAGGCAACAGAGACUGGGAAAACUUCCACAUCGACCCCAUGUCUGGAGUCAUAAUCACGACUGUGAAGCUGGACCGGGAGAAGCAGGCCCUCCAUAGCCUUAUCAUUGUGGCCCGUGACAUGGGCCAGCCGGUGCCUUAUGAGACCACACAGCCUCUGCAGGUGGCGCUCUUGGACAUCGACGACAACGAGCCCGUCUUCCUCAAACCGCCACGUGGCAGCUUGCCUUACCAAAAGCUGACAGUGCCUGAGCACUCCCCUCCUGGGACGGUGGUGGGGAACAUAACCAGAGCGGUGGAUGCGGAUGAGGGCUCCAAUGCCAUCGUCUACUAUUUUAUUGCAGGAGGAAACAGCGAAGGAAACUUUGGCUUGAGUCUCGACGGAGAGCUGAAGCUGCACAAGGAUCUGGACCGGGAGGAGACCCCGGUCUACUCCAUCAUCAUCAAGGCCUCCAGCAACAGGAGCUGGACUCCACCCAGAGGCCCACGGUCAGUGCGGGCCCGAGCCAUGGACCCUGCUCGUGACCCCAGCCUGCUGGAAGUGCGCAUUAUCCUGGAGGACAUCAACGACCAGAAGCCUCGCUUUGUGAAGGCAGAGUACACCGCAGGAGUUGCAGCAAACGCCAAAGUGGGUUCAGAGCUGAUUAAGGUGUUGGCUGUAGACAACGACAUUGGGAACAACAGCUUGGUCCAGUAUCAUAUUGUUACAAUCCGCUACUUCCAAUCACAAAGCAACGGCAGUGAGGAUGUUGGCAGCAUCUUCACCAUCGGUCUGACAGAUGGGAUCAUCCGCACCUAUGACCUCUUCACCGCUUACAAUCCGGGCUACUUUCAGCUGGAGAUUCUGGCGUGCGAUUCUGUUGGACACAGCACAACCACCAACGUGAACAUCUACAUCCUCCGCGACGACCAGAGGGUCAAAAUAGUCUUCAAUGAGAUACCUGAUCUGGUUCGAGAAAACCAGGAAGAAUUUGUCAGCCUGCUGUCCAACAUCACCGGAGCGAUCGUCAAUUUGGAUGACAUCCAGUUCCACGUGGACAAGAAGGGCAGGGUGAACUACGGCCAGACGGACAUGCUCAUCCACGUGGUCAACAAUCAGACCAACACCAUCCUCGACGUGGAAAGAGUCAUCCGGAUGAUCGACGAGAACAAGGAGCAGCUGAGGAGCCUGUUCAGGACGCACAGCGUCGUGGACGUCCAGCCUGCCAUGGGGGACAAACUGCCGGACGACAUCUCCACGCUGCAGCUGGUCAUCAUCAUUCUGGCUGUGCUGCUUUGCUUAGCAGGAUUUCUGUUUGUCACAAUGAACUGGCAUUAUCGCAGAGUACACCAAAGGAAACUGAAAGCAAUUGUUGCAGGAUCAACAGGGAACCAGGGUUUAAUGGAUAUCUUGGACAUGCCAAACACUAACAAGUACUCCUUUGAAGGGGCCAAUCCCGUGUGGCUGGACCCUUUCUGUCGUAACCUGGAGCUGGCUGCACAGGCGGACCACGAGGACGACCUGCCUGAGAACCUGAGCGAGAUCACCGACUUGUGGAACAGCCCCGCACGCACACACGGCACGUUUGGUCGAGAACCACAAGCGAAGCCUGAGGAUGAUCGCUAUUUGCGUGCAGCUAUUCAGGAGUACGACAACAUUGCUAAACUGGGCCAGAUCAUGAGGGAGGGGCCUAUCAAGGGUUCCCUGCUGAAGGUGGUUUUGGACGACUACCUGAGGCUGAAAACGCUCUUUGCAGCGCGACUCGUCACCGUGUCCACCAGCCAGGCAGAUCACUCAUCAGUCACCGAGCUCAUCCAGAGCGACAUGGACGAGGACGAGGAGGAGCACCUGGGCAUGGGCGGAGGACGCGGCACCCUGCGCUUCAAGCACAAGCUCCCCGUGGAGCUGAAGGGUCCGGAAGGCGUGCACGUGGUGCACGGCAGCACGGGCACCCUCCUGACCUCCGACCUCAACAGCCUGCCCGAGGACGACCAGCGGGCCCUGGCGCGUUCCCUGGAGGCUCUGAACACAGACGGGGGGCUGUACUCUGAACGCAACGCCCGCACGGAGUCGGCCAAGUCCACGCCGAUGCACCGCCACAAGGACGGGGACGCCCUGUCGGAGAGCCCCCUGGAGAUCACCGAGUUAUGACUAGCCGAGGCCUCGCUGGUCUGAGCACAGCCACGGCUCGUGUGUGUCCUUGUGCCUCCACGCCGCCACCCCUCACGAGGCCGGGGAGAACUGGAGGAAGAGUGUGUGUAGUCUAGGGAGCAUCAUCAGACAGACAGCCACGAGCGAGGCGUCCCGCCAAGGGGGGGACUCGCUCACAUCCGGGCUGGUUCAAGAGGAUUCCUCAUCGAAGAUGGUUCCAUGUCAGCCGCUUCAAGACCGAAGUUUAUUCAAAUGAUCUGGAGAAAGUUCCGGCUGUCAUCAGAGCACCAAGCAGCGGGUGUCAUCCACUUUCAUCCAGAGAGCCGAGUGGAAGAGCGGGCCGAAGCCUCCCUGUGGGAGACGCUUGUUGACCACCACCUUCAAAUCGUGCCUCAUCCUCACCGACCCUUUUGAAGUCAUGCCUGGACUGCAGACACUCACACAAACACAACUACACACACUCAAAAAAGCGAAGCUACACACACUCAGACCAGCGGAUGGCCACAAAUGGAACGUGAUGAUAGUCUUUUUUUUUUUCUUUCUUUCUUUCUUUCUGCAAAGUGAUGCAAUCAGUGUUGAAUGAGUGUGAACAGAAGACUUUCGUUUAUCACAAGUUUGAUAUGUUUCGUUGAGAAAUGAUUAAUUAAAUAUAAACGCAGACGAAAGAACGGAUUUCCCAGCACUACUUCAGAGUGAAGUUUCUCUCUGAAAGAAGACACUGCUUUCUGCAACAGUGAAUAUUCACAUGCUGGGCGUUGUCAGUCACCAGUGAGGAUCAUCUCUGACUACCGACACGACUUCUCUAUGCUGAGAGACGAUGGCGGAAAAACAGUGAACGGUGCCUGGAACGAGGGGGGGAAAUAAAGUUGUCUUUUACGAGAAAUUUCAUAUUAAAGGCAGUGAAAUAAAACUUUGCCUAAGACUUAUGAAGGAAAAAAAUAUAUAUAAAUGAAUUUUUUUAUAAACAUAUAUGUAAAGAUGGCAUCGUGCCCACAGACUUUACACUGCCACCCGAGGGAGUAAAAGUCAUGCUCAAAAUGAGCAACAUUUGCUUUAGUUAUUUUUAUUUUUUUGGAAAAUAUGAUGGAAUUUAAAGAUAUUUUUGAAGAAAAAAACAAUGCUGGCUUACCAAAACAGGUAGGAAAUCAUUUUGGAUGUUUGAAGUAUGUGUAUAUUGUGCUUUGGUGACAUGUUGUUCUGUUUUCCUUUAUAUGGCAGCCAACACCAUUUCCCACGAGUGGUGUGACUUAAAAAGAUUUAUCUUUUUUUACAUUCCCAUUUUGUAAUUUUUUUAUUUCUGUUUUUUGUCACCAGCCCUGAGAUCUGUGUUGAGAAAUGUUUGUGGGAUGAUCUGUGAUAAUAAA